GUUUUCUGGCUGUUGAUGGUGCGGAGACUCAGAUAAGCAGCAUUAUCAGUGUAAAAAACCCCCUAGCCCCUCAUUGCAUAUGCAUGAAGGGGCGUGGUCACAUAAGCUCAGGGCGGGGCCUCUCACAUAGGGCUCUAUCGGGUCUCCUGCAGCUGUUUAAAGCAGAACUGCAUUAGUGUUCAACAAGUGUUGUUUUUGAAAGUCAUCCGUGUUGCUUCCAGGAUCUUGAGCUUUACAAUCGCGGCUGAUUGCAGUGAAUCUCACAGAUAUGGAGCCUCAGGUGCCCAAAGACAAAUAUAACGGCGUGUGGUUGAUUUUCUUCAUGCUGGGUUUGGGGACGCUUCUGCCGUGGAAUUUCUUCAUGACAGCCACUAUGUAUUUCACCAGUCGUCUCGCAGAUCCUCUCAGUGAAGCGAAUGUCUCUGUGAACGCGACUGAAGAAGAGUCGCGGAGCGUCUUACAGGCCAAGUUUAAUAAUGUGAUGACGCUGUGUGCGAUGGUUCCUCUGCUGGUCUUCACCUGCCUCAACUCAGUGCUUCACCAGAGAAUUCCUCAGAAGAUCCGGAUCGCAGGAAGUCUGACGGCCAUUCUGCUGGUGUUCCUGCUCACUGCCAUCCUGGUGAAAGUAGAUUUGGAUCCGCUGGCGUUCUUCAUCAUCACCAUGAUUAAAAUCAUCUGCAUUAACUCGUUCGGAGCGGUUCUUCAGGGAAGUCUGUUUGGGAUGGCCGGGCUCCUGCCAGCGUCCUACACAACACCCAUCAUGAGCGGACAGGGGCUUGCAGGAACCUUCGCUGCUUUCGCCAUGAUCUGUGCCAUCGCCAGUGGUUCUGCUAUGCAUGACAGUGCUUUUGGAUACUUCAUCACAGCGUGUUUCGUUAUCUCUCUUGCAAUCGCAUCGUAUGCUGUUCUUCCUAGACUGGCGUUUUUUCAGUACUAUCAGGAGAGUCAGCAGAGCAAAGCAGAUGAGGACGAGGAGAACAAGAUGGACCUGCUGAAGAAAGAUGAGCGGCUGAAGAGCGCUGGAGACGACGGCAAACAAACACCGUCCAUGCUGGCCAUCUUUAAGAAGAUCUGGGUUAUGGCCUUCUCUGUGUGCUUUGCCUUCGCCAUCACCAUCGGCACGUUUCCUGCGGUCACUGUGGACGUCAAAUCUACUGUUGCUGAUGGAGGACAGUGGGAGAUGUACUUCAUCCCAGUGUCUUGUUUCCUGUUGUUUAACGUGUUUGAUUGGCUGGGUCGCAGCCUUACAGCAGUCUGGACGUGGCCCGGGAAAGACAGUAAGCUGCUGCCGGGUCUGUUAGCGGCCCGUGUGAUUUUCGUCCCUCUCUUCAUGCUCUGUAAUGUCCAGCCUCGACACAAUCUGCCCGUCUACUUCUCACACGACGGCUGGUUCAUCGGCUUCAUGAUCCUCUUUGCCUUUUCUAAUGGAUAUCUGGCCAGUCUGUGCAUGUGCUUCGGACCCAAGAAGGUGGAGGCGAGCGAGGCGGAGACGGCCGGAGCCAUCAUGGCCUUCUUCCUGUCUCUGGGUCUGGCUCUGGGAGCGUCUCUGUCGUUUGUGUUUCGAGCGCUCGUCUGAAGUCUCGUGGACAGAGAUGAGACUGAACGAGCCGCAGACAGAACACACUCAAAACAUCAUCAUCAUCAUCAUCAUCAUCAGGACCUGAGCUUGAGCCCAAACCACACAGACUCACUCGUGCUGGAGGCUCGAAAUAUUAUAUUGCUCAAAAGUUUGGUCUUAGCAAGAUUUGUUUUGUUUUUAAAGAAUGUAAUGCUUUUAUUCUCCAAGGAUGCAUUAAAUUGACCAAAAGUGACAGUGAACUCACUUAUAAUGAUACAAAAGAUUUCUAUUUUAAAUAAAUGCUGUUCAUUCAUUGAAGAAGAAUGAAACAUAAUGCAUCACGUUUCAACAACAUUGAUAAUAAUCAGAAAUGUUUCUUGAGCAGCAAAUCAGCGUAUUAUACUGAUUUCUGAAGAUCAUGUGACGGAUGAGUAAUGAUGCUGGAAAUACAGUGCUGUAUCGCAAAAAAAUAAAUUCGAUUUUACUAUAUAUUCACAUAAAAACAGCUAUUUUAAAUUAUAUUAUUUAACCGUUUCUACAUUAUUUUGAUCAAAUAAAUGCAGCUUUCUUUACAUUAAACAUAAAAAAAGUCUUGCUGACCCAAAACGUUUGAAUGGUAGUCGUUAACGCAUUAUUAUCGUUUAAGGAAUACUUGUCUUAACAUAUUUUGAUUUAUUAGUUCACACAAAAUCAUCAUUUACUCACUAUGACAGUUUCUGGAUUUGAACCGUUUCUUCAGAUUAAAUGUAUAAUAUUUUUUAUAACAGCUUCCUUUAAAGGUAUAUUUUCAGGAGCGCAUGUUAUUAGAAGUAUAUAGAAGUUUAUAUAAAGUAAAUAUUGUAUUAUAGUCUUUUUUGUAAUAACCUGAUGGACAAUCAUAGCGCUUUGUAUGAAGGUGACGUGCAUUAUGAUGUUAUAUUGAACUUCUAUAAACACAUCAACGUGACGUUUUUAAGCUUGAAGGGCAAUGAACAAUCCCACUCUACCUCACACCAUACUCAACAACCUUCAACACUACAUUACAAGACACCAAAGUGCCAAAUAUGAUAUGCUUUGUUAUUAAUAAAACCUGUUUAUUUCUGCA